AACUAUAGCGGAUAUAUAAAAAAUUUUAAAAUUAGCAAACACCCUCAAAUUAUUUGAACUUCAAAGAACCCUCAACCCCUUAAAAAUUUAUCAGCAACCAAUUACGCGCGUCCUUCUUCCCUUCCCGGUCUCGAUUUUACUCCGUAGAACCCAUCCUGUCCUCGACAUCUCAUCCCCACACCUACAGAUUGGAUUGUUGCAUCGUAAACACCAUACCACACUGCGAAGGGGCCUACCUAAUCGGGUAGAUAUAAGAUAUUAUGGCAUGCAGUUACAGAGAUAUGCAGCAAUUGGGUGAUUUCAAGCUUCCAGCUUUCUUCAAUUAUCCUCCAUACUUUACUUUGCAACCAGUUAGAGACACUCGAGAGAAGCAGGUACAGCUUUGGAAGGAACUUAUUCUUGAUUACUGUAGAACUCAAAAAAUAUUUGUGAUUGGACUGGAAGAAGAAUUUCCACUCUUCUCGAAUCCUGUGAUUGAAAGAUCUCUUAGUAAUGAAGCCAGAGAAGUGUUUCUGUCGGCUUUAGUUUCAGAAGGACGAGCAGAAUGGUUGGAUAAAGGACAUAGAAAAUGCCUUAUCCUCUGGCAUCGGAUUCAGGAUUGGGCUGAUAUCAUCUUAAGCUUUGCAAAAGACAAUGGGUUAGAGGAUUCUGUUACCACAUUGGAAGAAAUACGUACAGGAAUUGAAUCUCGAGGGACAGAGCUUCAUGGGAUGGAUCGCACAGUACUGAUGCGAGCUCUAAAACUACUGGAACAUAAGGGGAAGCUUGCAAUCUUCAAGGGCACUUCAGCGGACGAUGAAGGCGUGAAAUUCUCUGUGUAACUGAACAGAAACAGCUGCAAGAAGUAGCCGCAGGACAAAAGGCCAUAUAUGGUUCGAAGCCUGCAAUAACAAAGUCUUUGGAUCAGUCUAACACCAUGCUUGGAACUCCACCAUGAAGCCACCAUGGAAUCUCUGGUGGGCACGAUCCUAGAGAGAGCAGCAAUGCCACAAAUCAAUCCCUUGAACUAUGUUGCCCUCGCAGAAGAUGAUUCAGUCUUAGGGCGAUUAGACUGCUGACUGGUGUAGGUGCUCAUUUUGUUUCACCAUUACUUUGUUGAUAUGUCAUUGGAAUACACAAAUUCACUCUUGAUGUCGAGGCUGAAAUUUGGUCAA